ACUUAAGUGUCAACCCGUGCCAAUCCCAUUCGUAACAACUCGAAAUUUCUCUGAUCGCAGAUCAAAUGAGCGAUGUAUGCAAGAAGAACUACAUACGGGAUAUCUAUAGGAAGAUCGAGGGGGCGGUUCUCGUGUCGCAAAACGAGAAGGAUCACGACUGCACCAUCACCUUCCAGACCCACAGCAUCCUUCAGCGGUUCAUGCUUCGUUUCGACCAGCUGCAACUGGACUGCAACGAUCACCUUUACAUCUACGAUGGCGCGCACGCGGUCAGCAGUUACAAGGCAGACUUGUCUUGCAAAAACACGGAGCAGACCGUGGGCGCGAUUUAUACUCGCACGAACUUUGUGACACUGAAAUACGUCACCGACUCCUGGGGCACUAAAGGAAAUGGUUUCCGUCUCGUUAUCACCGCCGUCAAGGAUCCUAAGCACACCUGCAAGGACUUCCGGUGCACCGAGAAGGAGUUCUGCAUCGAGACGGACCUCCUUUGUGACGGUGUGAAUCACUGCGGCGAUGGUUCUGACGAGGCUAUCUCCACCCUCUGUGCCAACUCCGAGGCAUCGACGAUCCUGGGCAUGCAGGCGACAUGGUUCGCGGUCGCCCUCGUUUUUCUGAUACUGAGCCUGGCGGGCAUGGUCACGGCGGCGGUUCUAUGCUUCUGUAGGCAACGCGUCGCCACCCCCAGACAUCCCCAUAACGCGCACAACGCCCAGACUCAUCCUCCAGUCAGCUUCCCAUGGAUUCCGAGCUCGUCGUGGAGGUACGUGCUGAUUCAACGCGAAGUUUCCCUCACGGUUCGCCGGCGCGCGGACCACUCGGUAGUUUCGUCCCGGCAGUCAAGUGAAAUCGGCCCUAACGUACGAAGCCUUCGAUCGCUGUGGUGUCACGGUGGACCGGUUGGAAGAUCGAAGAUGGAAGCUCCUCGAACAAUUUGGAAAACGAUCUACAAAUCUCUGUUGAUGGUGUUCCUUCUGGUCCAGUAUACAUCAGCGAUGCAACAGCAACCGUUGGUGAUCAGCAACACACUGGACCAGGGAACAGCAGCCAAGGACUAUUUCAUAGGACCCUGUCUGGUGAACACGAAUCAGACCUGCCCGGACAGAGAAGUGACGUUUUUCUUGUACACGAAAAGAAAUCCCGAGACAAGUCAACAGAUUCUGGUAGACGACACUGGAUCGAAUCUAUUGGAGACCAAUUUCGUUCCUUCGAAUCCUACCAAGAUCGUUAUACACGGCUACGAUUCCGACAUGCAGCUGACGUAUCUGGUGGACGUCCGUAUGGAGUAUUUGAAAACGUAUGAUUACAAUGUGAUCGCGGUGGACUGGCAUCGUCUGGCUACCGCUCCGUGCUACCCCAUCGUCGUACGAAACGUGCCGCAUGUGGGUGAUUGUCUUGCUCAGCUGAUCGAUAGGAUCAGGGAUCUCGGAGCGACUGAUAUACACACGAUCGGUUUCAGUCUCGGUGCCCAUGUGCCAGCGUUCGCCGCGAACGUUCUCAGACCGUACCAAAUGACCAGAAUCACUGGCCUAGACCCAGCCAUGCCUUUGUUCGUCACUGCGGAUAAGGAUCAGAAAUUGGACGCAGGUGACGCGGUUUUCGUGGACGUGUUUCACACGAACGCGUUCAUUCAAGGGAAAGUCGAGAUGAGCGGGCACGUGGACUUUUAUAUGAACGGUGGUAUUAAUCAGCCGGGUUGCUGGGAGAACGGGAAACCUUUCGAGUGUGAUCAUCAUAGAUCGGUGAUGUAUUUCGCGGAGUCGAUCAAUUCGGAAGUGGGUUUCUGGGGCUGGCGAUGCGGCGGAUUCGUGUCUUAUCUUUUGGGUCUUUGUCCGCCCAGGUAUCCGGCUAUUUUGGCCGGGGAUAAAGUGCAGAAGCAAGUGGGGGGCUUCAUCCUGGUGAGGACGAACUCCCAGAGCCCGUACGCUUUGGGGAAUUUCAGCGUGAACCGGUUGGAUAUGUACACGUAG